CAGCCACUUCCCUUUUUGGACUGACACGUACUUAAGCUUAAGACUAAUUAUUGGUUCUUAUCGACAUCACACAUACACCUGUUCAUACUUAUUCUCUUCUCCGAGUACCACACCACUCUUUCAUCUUUGUUAAAUUUGAAUCAAUGCCUACUGAAUUUGACCUGCGAAGGAAGAAUGCUCAAUUCGCUAAUGCAGUCCGGUCGGGCAAGAAAGCAGUGAAGCCUUCACACCAGGAGAUAAUGGCAAAAAGAAGUCCUAUCAGCCUCUGGGCUCUGGGCGUCGUCCUGUUUGUUGUUAUAGGUGGUGUGUUAUUUGAACUCGCCAGAUUGGUAUUCCUGUAAUGCGCGGACACUCUGAGGAGGGCAAUAUAUACACAAGACACUACUCCAUGCCGUCCGCAGCUAGCAUUUUCGAAAGGGCAUACGUUACAAAUAUUGUAUUCACCAUGAUCAACUUUGGA